AUAGUAAGCAAUGCAAUGCAAAAACUGAAUUAUCACGAAAACCUACUCGGAUUCAACGCAUUAAACGGAAACUUACGAUGACCAAAUCACACAAUAAAUUACAUGAAACACAUGACAAGAAUAUUACGGAAGAGAAUGAUAUUUCUCAACACCAUUCUGCUGAGUGUCUGGCUGCUCAAUCACAUGAACAUAAUUCACAAGCAGAAAGCAGCAAAACAGAAUUUCAAUCUUCAGCAUCAGAAACAACACAUUGUAUUUGUCGGAAAUCAUCAUCAUCGAGUCGAAAAAGCAAAUUUUUUGGUGUAUUUCAUCCACCUUCCAGCCAAACUUUGUCUUCGAUAACAAACGAUGAUUCAUCAUCAUCACCAUCAACCACUACAAAUAUAACUGACAGUAACACUGAUUUGCCAACACCCAAAGACGAUGAACGAAAAAACAUAGUCCGCAGAUCAUGGUCACAGAUGGAGGUUCGUCAUCUUCGGCAUCUAUUUGAUAUACGAAGAGUCUACUGGCGAGAAAUUAGACGACGAAAUUCAUACGCGUACACGAAUUCCCAGCUGGCAAAAGAACAAUUAGCUGCAGAAUCCGAAAUUCGUGCUAGUAAUCGUGCAUUGAAUUCGCGUGGCGGUGAUGACGAUUCGGUGCUUGAUUACAUCUUUGGUGAUAUUGAAGAUGAUGUUGAUUCAUUGGCUGCUGGGCAAGACUUUGUUUCUCGUCCUCCAUUGGAUCUUUUUGAAUUCCAGGCUCAGGUGCAAAAGGCAACGGAUGUCACCUCUCGAUCUCAGCAAAUGCGUAGAUUCAAGGCAUUUGAAAUAUAUUCGAGUGAGCAUAGUUAUUUGAAUCAUUUGCGAACUCUUAAAAAGUUAUUCAUGGAUCCUUGUUAUCAAGCUGCCAAAAAACCAAAUCAAACAAUGAAUCCCGCUGAUGUUAAAGUAAUGUAUGCUCACAUCAUUGACCUAAUAAAGCUAUCCAGCAAACUAGUGCACAGUCUUGCUCAGAUACAGCCAUGGUUAAAUGUAGAAUGCCGGGUCGGCGAGGUAUUCCUGAAGUAUAGUAAAGAAUUUGAGGUUUAUCAGAGAUAUGCCGAAAAUCAUUUGGAUAGUCGCGCUGCAGUGAAACGUGCAGAUCAAAAGAUUUUGUAUCGCAAGUUUAUUCAGGAAUCACAGCGUUCUAAGGAUCAAUAUAGACUUGAUCUAUCAGGUUAUCUGAUCAUGCCUAUACAACGAAUUUCAAGAUAUCGGUUGCUCCUUCAAGAACUUAUGAAUCACACACCGGAAUUUCAUCCUGAUUUUGAAGGUUUAUCACGUGCAUUGAAAGAUAUGACUGCGCGUGUAGAUGAAUGCAAUAGUAUUGCUAAUUUGCUAUCCGAGAAGGGAUGA